AUGGCCUCGGCACGCGUCUCGCUCCACGCGCGCCGAUCCUGCUCUCUCACGCGCGCGCUUAUAGCGAGACGCGGUGGAUGGGCUCCCCACGCGCCCUUCGCUCUAGGCACAUCCGCGUUAAGCACUCCCGUUGUAAGCACACCAAUAGCCGGAAAUCCUUCACGUAGCUUUUCCUCUGGCGAGGCAGGCAAACCAGCUGACGUGGCGGAGGCUGACGUGUCACCAGGGGAACUGGCGGGGCAGAAGGCAGCGGCAGAGCUGCAGGUGCUGGGGGUGGUGGGCGCAGGGCAGAUGGGGAGCGGAAUUGCGCAGCUGGGAGGUGAGUGGGUGUCGCACUACCCUCUACAGCAGGUGCCAGGUAGUGAUGACCCUGUGCGGAAUCGCUCAGCUGCUAGCAUGGCCUUUGUCGUUGCCCCCCCUCAAUCCCUCCCUUUCCCCCCUCCACUCCUCUUCCCCUCCUCCCCCUCCCCGUUUCGCCCCUCCAGUCCUCUUCCCCCCCUCCCCCUCCCCCUCCCCCAUUCCCCCCAAUGGCAGCCAUGGCGGGCAUGCGCGUGGUGGUGGCAGACACGAGUCUGGCAGCGCUGGAUCGAUGCAUGGCCGGCAUCAAGCACUCCCUUCCCCACUUCCCUUCCGCCUCCCCCUCUCUCUCCCUUUCCGCCUCCCCUCCCGUUCCGCCUCCCCGUCCCCCUUCAUGCUGCAGCCAUGGCGGGCAUGCGGGUGGUGGUGGCGGACACGAGUCUGGCAGCGCUGGAUCGCUGCAUGGCCGGCAUCACGCACUCGCUGGGCCGGCUUGUCAGCAAGGGACGGCUGGAUGAGGCAGCAGCAGCGGCAACACUAUCCCGCAUCCGCACCACCCCUGAACUAACUCCCCUGGAGAAUGCAGAUUUCGUUGUUGAGGCGGUGGCAGAGAGUGAAGCGGUGAAACGCAAUGUGAUUGGCCGGCUGGACGGCAUCGCACCGCACCACGCGGUGCUGGCGAGUAACACCUCCUCCAUCUCCAUCACCCGCCUUGCCGCUGCCACCAGCCGACCCGAUCAGGUGAUCGGCAUGCACUUUAUGAACCCGCCUGUCAUCAUGUCAUUGGUGGAGGUGGUGCCAGGGCUUGCCACGUCAGACCAUACCUUGCACCUCACGAAGGGCCUCGCGCACAGGUUCGGGAAGGCGGUGUGUGAGGCGCGGGACUAUCCGGGGUUUAUAGUGAACCGCCUGCUCAUGCCCAUGAUUAACGAGGCAUUCUAUGCUCUGCUGGAGGGGGUGGGCACGGCACAGGACAUCGACAAAGGGAUGAAGCUGGGCACUAACCAGCCCAUGGGACCUUUGCACCUGGCGGACCUGAUAGGGCUGGACACAUGCGUGGCCAUCAUGCGAGUGCUGCACGCGGGCCUGGGAGACGCCAAGUACCGCCCCUGCCCGCUGCUCGUGCAGUACGUGGAUGCCGGGUGGCUGGGUCGCAAGAGCGGGCGCGGCGUGUACGAGUAUCCGACACAGGGAGAGGACGGCGGGCAGGGAGGGGUGGAGGGUGGCGAGAAGGCGGUGAGGGGGAGGCAGCUGGUGGGUAGACGGGGUGGGCACUAG